UUGCGUGUGUGGGGAAACGCUGCCGGGCUGGGGGCGGCCACGCGUCACGCUUCGUUUUCCACGCUGUCAACUUUUGCUAAGACGAGGCUAAAAUAAGGCUGAUUUCGGGGUGAAGCGGGGUUCUGGCAGUCGCUGAGGAGUGCUGAGGUAUAUCUGAACCUUCUUUUAUUGCUAAAAGUGAAGAUCGCUUGUUUAAACAUUUAUUUGAAGACUAUCAAAAAUGGGUUCGUCCAGUGGAACGCUUGAAUGACACAAUAAAAAUAAAGUUUGGCCUUGCAAUCUCCCAGCUAGUAGAUGUGGAUGAGAAAAAUCAAUUGAUGACAACAAAUGUCUGGUUGAAGCAGGAAUGGAUAGAUGUAAAAUUACGGUGGAAUCCUGAAGACUAUGCUGGAAUAACAUCUAUUCGUGUCCCAUCAGAUUCUAUUUGGAUUCCAGAUAUUGUGUUGUAUGACAAUGCAGAUGGACGUUUUGAGGGAACAUCUACAAAAACUGUGGUAAAAUAUGAUGGCACUAUUUCUUGGACUCCACCAGCAAACUACAAAAGUUCUUGCACUAUUGAUGUAACCUUCUUCCCCUUUGACCUCCAAAAUUGCUCUAUGAAAUUUGGUUCCUGGACUUAUGAUGGCUCACAGGUUGAUAUAAUUCUUGAAGAUUAUGAUGUUGACAAAAGAGACUUUUUUGAUAAUGGAGAAUGGGAAAUAGUAACUGCAACAGGGAGCAAAGGAAAUAGGACUGAUGGAUGCUGCUGGUAUCCUUUUGUUACGUAUUCAUUUAUAAUUAGACGUUUGCCACUUUUUUACACGUUGUUUCUCAUUAUUCCUUGUAUUGGGCUUUCAUUUCUAACUGUUCUUGUCUUCUAUCUUCCUUCAAAUGAAGGUGAAAAAAUUUCACUUUGCACUUCAGUAUUGGUAUCUCUGACUGUUUUUCUUCUUGUUAUUGAAGAGAUAAUUCCAUCAUCUUCUAAAGUUAUCCCACUUAUAGGAGAGUACUUGGUGUUUACUAUGAUAUUUGUGACAUUGUCCAUUGUGAUAACUGUCUUUGCUAUCAAUAUUCAUCAUCGCUCUUCAUCUACACACAAUGCUAUGGCACCCUGGGUUCGCAAGAUAUUUCUUCACAAACUUCCCAAGCUGCUUUGCAUGAGAAGUCAUGUAGAUAGAUACUUUGCUCAGAAGGAGGAAACAGGAAAAAUGAACGGAUCGGAAUCAUCUAGGAACACCUUGGAAGCAGCUCUAGAUUCUAUCCGAUAUAUUACAAGACAUGUUAUGAAGGAGAAUGAAGUUCGUGAGGUUGUUGAAGACUGGAAAUUUAUUGCUCAGGUGCUUGAUCGAAUGUUCUUAUGGACUUUUCUUCUGGUUUCAAUAAUUGGAUCACUUGUGUUAUUUAUUCCUGUUAUUCAUAAAUGGGCAAGUAUAAUAAUACCUACACAUAUAGGCAGUACAAAUGCAUAAAAUAUUUAUGGAUCUGUCUCCUGCUAAUAUGUCUCUAAAGAGUUUUGCAGUAGCUCUUUUUCCAUGCAUGUUUUCCGUAGGCAUGUUUCUGAUAGAGU